AUGCCCCCUUUAGCAGGGUCAAAAUUCCGGCCAAAUGGGGUUCCUCAAGAAUCAAAUUCUAAUAUAAUUACAAUUGAUGUGGGUGGUCAGAUUUUUCAAACCACAAAACAAACCCUAGUUUCAGCUGGCUCAAAAUCAUUAUUAUCCAGGAUUGCCAAUUCUGAUAAUACAAUCCCUUUUAUUGAUAGAGACCCUGAACUUUUUUCAAUUAUACUUUCCCUCCUUAGAACUGGGAAUCUUCCCUCAAAAGCUAGAUCUUUUGAUAUUCAAGACCUGAUUUUUGAGGCUCAGUUUUAUGGAAUUGAAAACCUAUUAGUAAAUUCCAAAUCAAACCCCUCUCAAUUUGAUGCAUUUAACCUUGAAAAAUCAUUGGUUUUACCUAUGAGUGGCCGGGAUUCGCCAUCGGCUAUCUCGACUACAGAGUAUGAAUCACUUCAUGUUGCUCAUGGUAGUAAAAUCACUUCCUUUGAUUGGUCAUUGCAAAGAAAAUCCACCAUAUUGACUCAUUUCACAGCCAUUGAUUCGUUAUUAGCAUUAUCGGAUAAAGUUGCUGCAGCCGGGGCCACAGACUUUUCAGGGUUACAAAUUAUAGAUCUUGAUAAUGGUUUUGUUAAACAGACGUUGAAUUGGGAGAAUGUCACAAGGUCUGGUUCUACGGUGCAAGCCAUUGGGGUGUCGCCUGAGUACUUAUUCACAAGCUUUGAAUCCGUCCGGAGAAAUUCAAAUUGCAUCAUGUUAUAUGAUCUUAAUGAUAGUUUAAGACCAGUAACCAAGAUAGGUCAUUAUGAAAUUUUCGGCGCUGAUUUAGAUUCUGCGAUUCCAGCCACUAAACUGCAAUGGGUUUCUAGUCAAAAUUUGUUGAUGGCCUUGGGUUCUCACAGUGGACCGUCUGGUGUACUAGGCAAUAUAAGGUUUUGGGAUAUAAGGUCGAGGAAUGUAGUUUGGGAACUUAAGGAGAGAGUUGAUUGUUUUGCAGAUGUAGCAGUAUCAAAUUCACUUUCGUCGAUAUUUAAAAUUGGUGUGAAUACAGGUGAAGUGUUCUUUGCCGAUUUGAGGAGUAUGGGUGCUGAUAAUUCUUGGGUUUGUCUUGGUGAUGACCGAAAGGUGGCAAAUGGGAGGAAAGAAGGUUUUGGAUGUAAAGUCGGAAUCCAUGGAAACCAUGUCUUCUGCUGUAAAGGAGGAAACAUCGAGCUGUGGUCUGAGGUUCAAAUUGGUUCUACGCAAAACAAGGAAGGUCAUUUACCGGAGAGAGUCUUCCGGAAGAACAUGAUGGGACGUGCAAAAGAUAUUGGAGGGAGCCGUAUAACCAACUUGGAUUUUGGAGGGAAUACAAUGUUUGUGACAAGAAAGGAUCAGCACUGCGUUGAAGUUUGGGGUUCCUCGAGGGGGUUGUGA